AGGUUUGCCAAAUUAACGCCCCGAGGGGGCCCUUUGAGGGAAACACACAAAGAAGCCUUCUUCUUCUUCUUCUUCUUCUUCUUCUUCAUCUUCGCUCUCUUUCUCUCUCUUCUAGUCUCUAAUGGUGACUUCAUCUUCUUCCUCGAAAACCAGAUCCAGCGGCCCGGUGCUCCGGUCACUCUCGCCGGGCGGCCGGUUCUGUAACUCUCCUUCUUUGUCCUCUUCUACGUCAGCGUUUGCUUCAUCUUCAAGCUUUUACUCGUCUUCUUCUACUUUCCGUCACGAUGACCAUCGUGAUUUUCGCAGCCAUAAUCAUCAACCUAGAUCCACAUCUCCUAGUCGUGUUAAUGUUUAUUCAUCUCCUUCUCUUACUCCUUCUGUCCGUUUCUUCAUCGAUAACCGUUCGAGUUCUCCGAAUCGAUCGGUUAUCGUUUCCAGGAAAAGUAGGCCGGUUUCGAACGUUAAGAGGACUUGUAUGUGCUCUCCUACCACGCAUCCAGGCUCGUUCCGGUGUAGUCUUCAUAAAAACGUUACGAGUAGCGGUGACCAUAGCCAAGCAGUGUCGUUUCCUUCAACUAGAUUGAAUAUGUGGAGAUCGGCUAUGGCGAACUCGAUCGUACGAAUCGGCGGUGUGGAAGGCGAAUUGGUGAAACGAGCAUUGACUACACUGAUUCGUCCUUCUUCCCAUCAGCAGAGGAGGAGAGCGGCAUUUCAACCUAGAUCUAGUCGUCUCUCGGUCAUGUCCAAAGCCGACGAAGCUUGAAAUUGCAGCAGAAGCGUUGGGAUUCCGUCUGUGCCGUCGUUGGCUCCGUUCGUCGUGAUUUUCGUCCCGUCGUUUCACGUGUUCCGUUUACUCCGUUCCCGUUCAUUCCGGUUCCAGAAAGUGCCGCCCUGAUAAAUGUCGUUACGAUACAUGCGCUGAAUUUCUUUGGGAUGAAAAUUUGACCAUUGACUUUUUGACUGCUUGAAGAUUGAAAUCAUUCCUUAACGAUGGCGGAAUUUACUCGGCGCUGCCCCAUUGGACCUUAAUGACUCUGAUGGAACUUUUACUAAUGAGAUUAAAAAAUAAAUUAAUAAGAAAUAUUUUGAAAUUAAAAAAAUGGAAAAUUAAAGAUAAAUAAAUUUUAAAAAAAGUUAAUGAAAAAGAAGAAAUAACAAAGGUGAUUGUGGUUUCAUUUCAAUAUCCAAGAAAAGAGAAAUCUUUAAAUAAGGCGAGCAAGUCUGUAAAUUUCGCAGUACAGAAUUAGGUUGAAAAUAUUUACGUGGAGAUGGAAGAAGAAGAAGAAAAUAAUAACUGAAAGAAGAUAAUAAUGAGAAAAAUAGAAAAAAGGACAAAUACAUUUCUGACUAUGAACUUUGGGUCUAAUUUUGAAAUGUUAGAUUUUCUAUUUUAAAAAACUAGUUUAAUUUUUAUUCUGUAAUUAUCUUUUAAAUCGUUACAAUUUUAUCCAUUAAAUUUUCAAGUUUCCUAAA